AUGUGGAGUUGCGGCAGCGCAUCACACCAUCGAGGUGACGAUGGCUCCAACGCUGUCAAAAACUUGACCGAUGGCGCCUUCACCAUCACUGGCAAGCCUUCCAAAGGUUCACCUGUAAACGCACUUGGCACGAUUCCGCUUACUUCUGGGCAAUACUUCGAGGACGGUGAUGGACCGUUUAUCGGAGUUGGGAAGCUGGAGAGCUUUGCACAAGGAUACAAGUGUAAGGGUCUCCUGUUUGGCGGCCCGGGCAAUUUGUCCAACGGCUCUGCGCUCAUGAAAGGCGAGUUUGGGGAGCAGGUCUCGAAGGGAUCGGUCGUUGGCAUCCUCUUCGAAAUGACUUCAGACCUUGUGACGCUGACCGUGUACCAAGACGGACGAUGCCUGGGGCCGGCAUUUACAGCGAAGCGACAGGAGAAGGGGCAGCUCUUUCCACUGGUUCAGGCGAAGAGUGAUGGCGACACCUUUCGGAUCGCCUUUAAGGCCCCGCCGGCAGUCCGCAGCAGAGAAGCUGGCAGCCAGGAGGGAUUCGAGGGGAGUUGGGCGAUCGAGAAGAUGAUGGUUGGUCCCGAACUCGGCGAGUACCCGCUUUCCACAAAGAUGAACGAGAAGCCAGUCGUACUAAAAGUUACCACCGGCCCAAACGGCGCUGUUCGGAUGGGCGCCAAAGUUGUGAACGUGCUGAAUUUUUCCGCAUCCUCGAGUGCCGAUGCCAGCUUGGCUCCGUUUGAUGCCUUGACAGUGAAUCCUGGCAUCUCAACGAUGAUGGCAGGCCCGGAGCCUAUGAUGGACGCCGAGUCGAAGCUUUCGACCGGACUUCAGGGUGCUCGCAAGUGGAUAGUUUCUAAGGGCCAGCUGCUGAUCAAUGGACCAACCUUUGAGAUCUCUUGCGCUCGCCACGUUGAAUCGUUCGAACCUGUGGAUACGGAGAUCUGA